AGGCACCCGCGUAAUCGUCACCGCUCCUGCGCGGUGUUUUGUGUGUUUGCUAUUCUCGCCAUUUCAACCUAGCCUGGCUACAUCUUAAAAACAAUUACAAAGGGGCUUGAGGUAACAAUAAAGCACCAAAAUGGUGAAAAUCUUCGUCGGGAACCUUUCCCCAAACACAACAACAGAGGAGCUUCGAUCUCUGUUUUCUCAGUAUGGUAAAAUAUCAGAGUGUGAUAUUGUGAAGAACUUUGGCUUUGUCCACAUGGAUGACAAAGCAGAGGCCGAGGAAGCCAUUCGCAACCUCCACCAUUACAUGCUUAAUGGUCUCGCCAUGAACGUGGAAAUGAGCAGAGGAAAACCAAAGGCCUCCACUAAGCUUCAUGUGGGGAAUAUCAGCAGUAGUUGCACCAAUCAAGAGCUGAGGGCGAAGUUUGAGGAGUAUGGCCCUGUGGUUGAGUGCGACAUAGUGAAGGACUAUGCUUUUGUACACAUGGAGCGAGUGGAAGAUGCUAUGGAGGCCAUCAGUGGGCUCGACAACACCGCCUUUCAAGAUAUGAGUCAGAAAAAGAGGAAGAAGAGCCGGUGGAGCAGCGAGACUCCUGAUCAGAAGACCGUGAUCCCCGGCAUGCCCACUGUCAUUCCCCCUGGGCUGACGCGUGAACAGGAGAGAGCGUAUAUAGUCCAACUGCAGAUUGAAGACCUGACUCGUAAACUGCGUACAGGAGACCUGGGAAUCCCUGUUAAUCCUGAGGACAGGUCCCCUUCACCUGAGCCCAUCUAUAAUAGUGAAGGCAAGCGGCUGAACACACGUGAGUACCGCACCCGCAAAAAACUGGAGGAGGAGAGACAUUCCCUCAUCACUGAGAUGGUUGGGCUUAACCCAGAGUUUAAGCCUCCUGCUGACUAUAAGCCUCCAGCCACCAGGGUCAGUGACAAGGUGAUGAUCCCGCAGGACGAGUAUCCAGAAAUCAACUUUGUUGGAUUACUCAUCGGGCCACGCGGCAACACACUAAAGAACAUCGAAAAGGAGUGCUGUGCUAAGAUCAUGAUCCGUGGGAAGGGCUCUGUGAAGGAGGGCAAGGUUGGGCGAAAGGAUGGCCAGAUGCUGCCCGGCGAGGACGAGCCCCUGCACGCUCUGGUCACAGCCAACACCAUGGAGAACGUGAAGAAGGCUGUAGAGCAGAUCCGGAACAUUUUGAAGCAGGGCAUCGAGACUCCGGAAGAUCAAAAUGACCUGCGGAAGAUGCAGUUGCGGGAGCUAGCCCGCCUCAACGGCACACUGCGAGAGGACGAUAACCGGAUUCUGCGCCCAUGGCAAAACUCUGAGCCUCGAAGCAUCACCAAUACCACCGUGUGCACAAAAUGUGGAGGAGCAGGACACAUAGCCUCUGACUGCAAAUUCACCAGCUCCUAUACCCAGAGGCAGGGUGAGCCACCCCAGUCAGCCCAAGAUAAGGCCCGAAUGGAUAAGGAAUACCUCUCUCUGAUGGCAGAGCUGGGAGAGGCUCCAGUCCCCUCCUCCGGCGGUGGACACAACAACAACGCACCCAGCGGCCCCCGAGGAGCCGGGCCAAGCAACAACCAGACACCACCCAGUCGGCCUCCCUGGAUGAACUCUGGCCCGUCCGAUAACAGGAACUUUCACGGGAUGCACGGUGGUCCUGGCGGUCAUGGUGGUCACCACAACUUCCCGCCUCCUAUGCCCAAUAUGGGUGGGCCUCCAAUGCCCCCCAAUCCCAAUGGCAUGCCUCCUCCCUGGAUGCAGCCGCCCCCUCCCCCCAUGGGUCAGGGCCCAGCUCCUCCUGGACACCCGAUGGGUAUGAUGCCUCCACCUAUGGGUAUGAUGCCACCUCCUCCACCUCCACCCAACAGCCAGCCACCGCCACCACCAUCAGGGCCACUGCCACCUUGGCAGCAGCAGACCCCUCCACCUCCACCCACCAGCAGUAUGGCCACCAGUGCCCCACUGCCAUGGCAACAGAACACCACCACCACCUCCACCCCAGGUGCGGGUAACCUGCCUCCCUGGCAGCAGCCCCAGCCGUCAGCUGCUUCUGCCGCCCAGCCUCCCCCUCCAAUGGGAAACCCUUCUAUGGUGCCUCCUCCCCCUGGAGUCCAACCUCCACUGCCCCCUGGAGCCCCGCCUCCUCCUCCUCCCCCACCUCCAGGUUCUGCAGGCAUGAUGUAUGCUCCCCCUCCACCUCCUCCUCCUAUGGACCCCAACUUUGUCACCAUGAUGGGGAUUCCAGGGAUGCCUCCGUUCGGGAUGCCUCCUGCCCCCCCACCCCCACCCCCCCAAAAUUAAAUACCCCACAUCUUUGUGAUGGCCCAUGUCAACCACAGAAGAGAAGGUUUUGAUGAUAUUAAACAGGACUUGGAUCUAUUAUUGCUUGAUAUAUUAUUAAUACAGCCGACCUUUUGACAAGCUCAUGGUUUUGUUUUGUUUUCCCUUUUCAAAGUUUGUAAAGUUGCUUAAAUUAAUUUGUUCCUGAUUUUAAAAUUGUAGUGUUUGAUCAGUUGGUAGAUUAUUUGUUUGUACUUUGAUGUUGUAAGGAAUGGUGUGUUUUUGCAGGGCUAUAAUUUCACAGCUGGCCCAUAUGUUAGUGCUAAUAGACAUUCCAAACCAUACUGAACAGUAUAAUAAACAGCAGUCAUUGUCAUUACAAAGCCGUAUGUUUUCCUCUAUGAUCAAUUGGCAACAUUUAGUUGUCCACUUUUUUUUUUUUUUUUUUCUCUCUUUAACGUUCUCAACCGGAGAAGCUUUUGUUGAAAUGUUGCCUUCCUUGAAUAUUUUUGUAAUGCUACAUUCAACUAAAUAAAAGUUGAAAUGGCUUCAAAUUUAGGCAGUAAGAAAUGUACAGAUAUGCAUCCUCUUUGCUUUUGUUUUGAUUUUGCAUUUGCAGAUGUGGUUGAUUUGAUUUUCUGUUGUAAAUGAAGCACUUCAAAGAAGUUGUGUGGUGUUGGCCAGGGAGAAGGCUGCAGUACGAAAAGGCUGUUUUAUAAAUGAACAGAAAAGCUACGCUGCUUACAUUUUAAAUCUACUGUUUUUAAAUGGGAUUCAGUUCCAUUAUUAUUUUUGCUGACUUCUGUCAGACUAACAUUCUUGUGCCCUACUUGGCUUACAGUCUUUCAUGUUGGGCUUAAGUGAGGUGAAGUCUGGUCAGUCUUUGGCCUUGUGGAAUGAACUACAAGCUAAAUGCAUUAUUGUGAAUUAAUGUUGGAUCGGUCUGCAACACCCAAAACAAAAAUACAUGACUGUGGAGUUUGUACAAUUUCCGGUCUGUAUGACUAUAAUCUUAACAUAAACUCACCAGCAGCAGUGUAUAUUGGCUUUUUAUUUUACCCUGGUAGUCUCUUGCAGGUUUGAGUGUUCAGUGCUAAGUCCUAAACUAGUUAUUUUAUUUUUAUUGUGUAUAAUUACCAAUUGCACACAAAGUGAAUAUACAGUUUUGUUUCUGUAUUCUUAAAACGAAUAAAGGGGAUUAUACAUUUCUAUUAAA